AUGUCAACUUCAUGGGAACAAGUUAAGUUCGCCCUUACACCAAGAAACAAAGGAAGUUAUCUUAUAACAGAUGAAAUAUUAUCCAAAAUCCCUCAGAUAAAAAACUAUGAAAUUGGUGUAUUACACCUUUUCUUACAACAUACUUCAGCAGCUUUAUCACUUAAUGAAAAUUGUGAUCCUGAUGUUAGAGAAGAUAUGACCAAUUCAUUAGAUAAAAUAGCUCCUGAAGAUGCUGUCUAUAUUCAUGCUGAUGAAGGUCCUGAUGAUAUGCCAGGUCAUGUCAAAAGUACUGUGGUAGGUGUUAGUUUAUCUAUACCUAUUUCUAAUGGUAGAUUGGCUACAGGUACUUGGCAAGGGAUUUAUUUAUUAGAAUUUAGACAUUAUAGACAUACAAGAAAAAUAGUAGCUACUAUCAAUGGAUUAAAGAAGAAUUGA